CUGGAACCAAUGGGGCAAGAACAGAAAGGAGAAGAAGCAUCCAGUUCCAGUGGCAUUUACACUUACAAGCAUCGCGGUGACAAGGGAGUCGAUACCCACGAGAUUUUUGUCAAGAAGAGCAGAGCCCGUGUCCUGCUGUCGUACGCUGGAGUCGUUUUACUUCUCGCAAUUGUCUGCCAGUCGUUUCUGGGGAAGGAGGGGUUAUGCCUCGGAUCAGUGUGGAGUAUUACCUUUGGAGUUCUGGUUACCAAAUGUUUGCAAUACAAACCCGUGAUGAAAGAGUCGGUAGUGAUAAUGCCAUCUUUUGGGGUUCAGCUAGAAAUACAUUUUUGGAGUGGAGCAGUUGAUCGCCGUUUCAUACCCAUUGGCAAGAUUCUGAAGCCACUGCUGAACGAGUGUGUGACACCGGUCACCUGUUACUGGAGCUUGGUGUUGCUUCUUCGUGAUGAAGAGGAACUCAAGCUAGUUUUUCAGAAAUCUCGUCCUCCUGUCAAAAUGUUGGUUCCUAUCUGGAAAGCUCUUUGCGCAUUCACAAAUUCUGAAUGAGUAAGCCAGCCUUCUGUAGUCUCUAAACCAAACUGUUCAUAAGCGUGACUUGUUUGGCGCUCUUGUGUGGCUGAAACGUUCAGAAAUGUAGCUGCAGUUGAGCUUAGAGGCUAAAUUCAGCUAGAGCCCAGCGGUAGGUUAUUGGAAUAAAGUGCCUCUAGAUUUUCUCAGGUUCGCUGCCCAGUCAACCUUUUGGAGUUCUGAUUACAUAUGCAAA